AUGCGACAAUUCUUCCACGACAAACGGAACAAAUAUCUCCCGAUACGGCAGAGCGGCCAACCCGGGGGCAAUGCUGCAACGGCUGCGUCUUCUUCCAGUGCAAAGACUUUCCCCGUCGGUAUCAAGUGCCUCCAUAGGCCAGCAGAGGAUCUUGUUGAUAUUGUAUUCGUCCACGGCCUGAGCGGCCAUCGGGAGAGGACAUGGACGGCCUCAGGGGAAUCUGAGCCAUGGCCCAAGACUCUCCUGCCAUCUAAACUACCAAACGCCCGAAUCCUCACAUUCGGAUACAAUGCCUACGUUACUAGUUGGCAAGGCAUUGUGUCACAAGAUCGCCUCGGGAGCCAUGCCGGUAAUCUGUUGAAUUCUCUUGCCUCUUAUAGGGAGGACGACAAAACGAAUGAUCGCCCUAUUAUUUUCGUCUGUCACAGCUUGGGUGGGCUUGUUUGCGAAGAUGCUUUAAUCAAAUCGAACGAGCGACCAGAGGCACAGCUCCGUAACAUCAUUCAUUGUACCCGCGGUAUCAUAUUCCUGGGAACGCCGCACCAUGGAUCUGGCCUGGCCACUUGGGCCGAGCGCAUGUCACUGUCCAUCAAUGUGAUAAAACAGACCAAUUCCAAGAUUGUCGAAGUCCUCAGACGCGAUUCUGAAGUCCUUGCUAGGAUCCAGGAGAGUUUUCAUACCAUGGUUUUAGCUCGCAACAAGACAAAAGGGUACGCCAUCGAGAUCACUUGCUUCUAUGAGCAACUACCUCUACCCAGAAUUGGAUUCGUCGUCCCACAAGAUUCGGCCACUCUCCCGGGGUACAAUCAGAUAGGCAUCCACGGCAACCACAAGCAGAUGAUCAAGUUUUCCGAAGCACACGAUCCGGGUUUCAUGGCUAUUUGCGGUGAACUCAAGCGGUGGGUCGGGUCUCUGGCUACGCCCGAUGGCCGGGACAUUUCACGAAACCCGGAAACACAUAAGCCUAAAGCAACCAGCAGACACUUUCUUGUACCAUACACCUGCAACUCGGAUUUCGUCGGGCGGUCCGGGAUCCUUGAACAGUUAAAAUCUCAGCUUGGCCACAACCAGCCCGAGUCUCAACACAAAUCACAGGCAAGGGUAUCGCUCCAUGGCCUCGGUGGGAUCGGGAAAACCCAGAUUGCUUUGGCAUAUGCCUAUUGGCUACAAGACGAACACCCAGAGGUCUCGGUGUUUUGGGUUCAUGCCAGUAACGCCGAGCGAUUUCGCCAAGCAUUCGCGUACAUCGCACAGGAAUGUCAGAUCCCUGGCUACGAUGACUCCAAGACCGAUAUGCUACAGCUAGUCAAGACAUGGCUGGAAAGAAGAGAACGGGGGAAUUGGCUCAUGAUAAUCGACAACGCCGAUGAUGCCCAUGUAUUUUUCAGUCAAUCAACGGAGCCGGCAAACGCAGCGACCCAUCAAGAUCGAAUUGGACGCUAUAUCCCGGAGUGCGCUCAUGGAUCUCUGCUUAUCACGACAAGAAACCUGAUGGCGGCAUCGAGGUUGACAAAAGGAAAUCCCACAAUUGGCGUUGGUAACAUGGAUGAGAGCGAGUCGGCCGAGCUGCUUCGCACAAGGCUUGGAGGAAUAGAAUCUUCCUCUACUGAACUGUCGAUUCUUUCUUCUCGGCUGGAGUAUCUGCCACUCGCUCUCGCGCAGGCAGCUGCAUUCAUUCAGGAGAACGCCCUCCAGAUUAAGGAUUAUCUGCAGCUCCUCGGCCACAGUGAUCAAACCCUUGUUGAUCUAUUGAGCGAAGAGUUUGAGACCACAGGGAGAGAAACAGAAGCUCCUCGUGCAGUUGCGGAAACAUGGGCUCUUUCGUUUCAACAGAUUGAGCAGCAAAAUCCACUGGCCGGGGAGCUUCUCUCGUUCAUGUGCCUCCUCGAUCGGCAGGACAUUCCCAUGGAAUUCUUGUUUCAUUACACUCAAAAAGACCAUGAUAGUAAUUUUGGGAGUAACGUCACGCUUACUAAAGCCUUGGGUGUUCUCAAGGCCUUUUCCUUUAUCGCAGAGGGUAAAGACGAGCAUCUGAAUAUGCACCGCCUCGUGCAGUUGGUCACUCGAAAGUGGUUGACUACAAAGAACACCGUAUCUCAGUUUACGGAACUGGCCAUCUUAGCGGUGUCUACUGCUUAUCCAGAGAGUCAUUAUGAGAACCGCGCAUUAUCCGUCGCGUAUCUCCCACAUGUGCAGUCUGUGCUGAACUUGAAAGGCACUGACUCGAGGGACGAAAAUAUUGCCAAGGCAACCCUAUUGCACAGGGUAGCUGGGUUUUCUCAUUGGGAUGGUCAAUGGAGUGAAGCGGAGGAGCUAUCUGCACAAGCCCUAGCCACACGACGACAAUUGCUUGGCGAGGAACAUCCUGAUACGCUGGCUAGCAUGCGCUCCUUAGCAUUCGCAUUAAAGGAGCAGGGCCGGUGGAAAGAAACAGAAGAAUUACAUCUGCGCGAGUUGGAAAUCUCCAAAAGGGUGCUUGGCGAGCAAAAUCUUGAGACACUAAAUACAAUGGUCAAUCUGGGAUUCAUACUUGGAAAGCAAGGCAAGUUUCGGGAGGCAGAGGAGCUGCAAUCACAAGCAUUGGGGAUCCAGAAAAGGGUCGUUGGCAAGGAACACCCCGACACCCUGACUAGCAUGAGUGACUUAGCACUGACUCUCGAAGAUCAGGGUAGGUGGGGGGAGGCAGAGGAGAUGCAGCUACAAGUAUUGGAGAUCCAGAAAAAGCUACUUGGGAAGGAGCACCCCCACACCCUAGCUAGCAUGAAUAACUUAGCAUUGACUUUCUCAAAUCAGGGUAGGUGGGGGGAGGCAGAGGAGCUACAGCUACAAGUAUUGGAGAUCAGGAAAAGGCUACUUGGGAAGGAGCACCCCCGCACCCUAACUAGCAUGAAUAACUUAGCAUUGACUUUCUUAAAUCAGGGUAGGUGGGGGGAGGCAGAGGAGCUGCAAUCACAAGCAUUGGGGAUCCAGAAAAGGGUCGUUGGCAAGGAACACCCCCACACCCUAACUAGCAUGAGUGACUUAGCAUUGACUUUCUCAAAUCAGGGUAGGUGGGGGGAGGCAGAGGAGAUGCAGCUACAAGUAUUGGAGAUCCAGAAAAAGCUACUUGGGAAGGAGCACCCCCACACCCUAGCUAGCAUGAAUAACUUAGCAUCGACUUUCUCAAAUCAGGGUAGGUGGGGGGAGGCAGAGGAGAUACAGAUACAAGUGUUAGAGAUCGGGAAAAGGGUAUUUGGGAAGGAACACCCGCACACCCUGGCUAGCAUGAACAAUCUUGCCUACACUUGGAAAAGAAGCAAAUACUGGGGCCUGAUCAUCCCCACACAGUAUCGUCAUGUCAUGCCGUCGAUGAAUGGCGGUCAGAAGCUGGGUUGUCUUGAUGAAGACGAAACGGCGAGAGUGUUGGUCUAA